UUCUAAUUAUUUGUUUCCAAAAUAUCUUUGUUUUGUUGUUCUCUUAGUUGAUCUUCUGUGGUUAUUUCCUAUAUUUUGCGAAUUCUUGAACAGCAGCUGUUAUUAGUGUGGUGGUCUGAUUUUCUAUCAUGAUUUGUCUUUCACAUUUAUUUAUGUGGCUAGCAAUUGUGUUCAUGUUAUUGGCCAACAAUUGCUCUGAGAUGGCCGAUGCACACGAGACUGACAAGAACAUUGAGAUUUGGAAGAUCAAGAAAUUGAUCAAAGCUCUCGAGGCUGCUAGAGGAAAUGGGACAAGUAUGAUUUCCCUUAUCAUGCCCCCACGAGAUCAAAUAUCUCGAGUUACCAAGAUGCUUGGUGAUGAGUUUGGUACUGCUUCCAACAUCAAGAGCAGGGUGAACCGGCAGUCUGUGCUUGGGGCCAUCACCUCUGCCCAGCAGAGGCUCAAGCUCUAUAACAAGGUUCCUCCAAACGGGCUUGUGCUGUAUACUGGCACGAUUGUUACUGAAGAUGGGAAGGAAAAGAAGGUUACUAUUGAUUUUGAGCCUUUCAGACCUAUCAAUGCUUCCCUCUAUCUGUGUGACAACAAGUUUCAUACUGAGGCUCUAAAUGAGCUUUUGGAGUCAGAUGACAAGUUUGGGUUCAUUGUCAUGGAUGGCAAUGGUACCCUGUUUGGGACCUUGAGUGGUAACACAAGGGAAGUGCUUCAUAAAUUCAGUGUCGAUCUCCCAAAGAAGCACGGAAGAGGAGGGCAAUCAGCUCUUCGAUUUGCCCGUCUUCGCAUGGAGAAACGUCAUAACUAUGUCAGGAAGACUGCAGAGCUUGCAACUCAGUUUUAUAUCAAUCCAGCUACCAGCCAGCCAAAUGUUUCUGGAUUAAUACUUGCUGGUUCAGCUGAUUUCAAAACUGAGCUUAGUCAGUCUGAUAUGUUUGAUCCUCGACUCCAAGCAAAAAUUCUCAAUGUUGUAGAUGUUUCCUAUGGUGGUGAAAAUGGGUUUAAUCAGGCUAUUGAACUUUCAUCUGAGAUUCUGUCCAAUGUGAAAUUUAUCCAGGAGAAACGCUUGAUUGGAAAAUAUUUUGAGGAAAUUAGCCAGGAUACUGGGAAAUAUGUUUUUGGGGUUGAGGAUACUUUGAAAGCUUUGGAGAUGGGAGCUGUUGAGACACUCAUUGUGUGGGAAAAUUUGGAUAUGAGUAGGUUUGUCUUGAAAAACAGUGCUACUGGUGAGGUUGUCAUUCAACACUUCAACAAGGAACAAGAGGCCAAUCAGAGCAACUUCCGGGAUCCUGUAUCCAAUGCUGAUUAUGAGGUGCAGGAAAAAAUCUCUCUUUUGGAGUGGUUUGCAAAUGAAUACAGGCGGUUUGGUUGCACUCUUGAGUUUGUCACAAAUAAGUCGCAAGAAGGGUCACAAUUUUGUAGAGGUUUUGGUGGGAUUGGUGGUAUCUUGCGCUACCAGCUGGACAUGAGGACAUUUGAUGAUUUCUCUGAAGAUGAUGCUGUCUAUGAAUCUGAAUAGCAAUCAAUGAACAACUUCCUCUUGCUGGUGCAGGAAAAGGAGGUGAAAAUACCUGCACCAGUAAUUGAGGGGGUAGCGUGCGCUCCUGCUGCACCUACUCUUCAUCCUCCACCUGUGGUAUUGCAUGAUGCCAUGCCUCAAGAGUCCAAUGUACUGAUCCUGGUUACUCGUCUAUUUGAUCUCCUGCUCCUCCAUGCCAGCAAACUUACUUGCCUCCUUAGCUCAUCUGCUCUCUACAUGUGCGCAACAAUGCAAUCUCAAACUUGUGCUUCCAAAAGAAAUAACCUUGGCUCCAUGCCGGUUGGCUUCAUCAUAUCCGACUAUGGUCUCUGAGCAAAGCAGUGAUUGUGUAAGAAAGCAUGCCCACUUCUUACCAUGAGGUGGAUGGAUCCAGAAUUUUCUCUUAACGUGGUUUAUGAAUGAUCCUUGAGCUUGUGCUCUGAAAUCUAUGAUUAUGUCGCUCAUAUAUAAUGAUUGUUUGGGAACUUAGGUGUGGUGAUGUCUAAUGAUGUUAAUUAGGGGCCUUCAAGACUUGCGAGCAAUAUCUUACUUCAUGGUGUGUGAUGUAUGAUAUGACGAGCCUUCUACUUUCUGGCUAGUUUGUUUUCAGGGUACGGGGUACCGAAUAUUUUCGAUUGGGAUUUGCUUAAAUGCUUAAUGGUGUGUGAUGUGAUGAUAUGAGACUUAAGUUUAUUUGAUGGUAAUAUAUAAGACAUUGCUUUCAUGUUA